AUGUCUACCAAGCACGUUUUUGACGAUGCCACCGGUCUCGUUGAGAAGGCAUGCCUCGGCGUGGCCUCUACGAACCCCGAUCUCCGUUUCUUUGCCCAUCACAAGGUUCUCUACAAUGCUGCGCACCCUCGCGACAAGGUAGCCAUUUUGGCAGGUGGCGGUGCCGGUCAUGAGCCCGCUUUCUCCGGCCUCGUUGGCAGCGGUCUUGUCACUGUGGCUGUGAGUGGUGAUGUGUUUGCUUCGCCCAGCUCGAAGCAGAUCUGCAGUGGUGUAGACCUUGCUCCCACAGACAAGGGUAUUGUGACAAUCGUACUCAACUACACUGGUGACUGCCUCAACUUUGGUUUGGCCUCGGAGAAGGCUCGUUCGGCUUUCCACAGUGAAGGUAAGGGCCGUGACAUUGAGAUGGUCAAUGUCGGUGAUGAUGUGUCUGUGGGUCGUAGUAAGGGUGGCCUUGUCGGUCGCCGCGGACUGACCGGCGCUGCGUUCACUGCCAAGGUUCUCGGUGCCGCUUCGGAGAAAGGUGAUGAUGUGCAGAAGAUUGCACACCUUGGCCGCACCAUGGUUAAGAACUUUGUGACAGUGGGUUCCUCGCUUGACCACUGCCAUGUGCCAGGCCGCUCGACUGACCCUAAAGAGCGUGGCGCUUUGAGUCAGUCGGCUGUGGAAAUCGGUAUGGGUAUCCACAACGAGCCCGGUGCUAAGCACAUUGAAAACAAGCCAUCCGGUGAGGAUCUUAUUAAGGAAAUGCUCGAGCUUCUCUUGCGUGAGGAUGACCCAGAGCGCUCUUUCGUCAAGUUUAACAAGGAUGAUGACCCAGUUCUUAUCAUCAACAACCUUGGUGGCAUGAGCUCCAUUGAGCUUGGCGCCAUUGCUGCUGAGGCUCGUACGCAGAUCGAGCGUGACUGGAACCUGCGUCUGUCCCGUGUCUACUGCGGUACCUAUGUUACGUCUCUGAACGCUCCUGGUUUCAACAUUUCGCUGUUGAACCACAAGCGCGUGUCGGAAGAGUAUGGCAGUGAUGUGCUUGAGCUGAUCGACGCUCCCACAGGUGCCACGGGCUGGGCUGGUGCUCAGACGGGCUGGACGAGCAAGAAUCCUCUUCCUACCCUCAAGCAGAUGGAGGAUGAACCCGCGAAGCUCCUCGAGGAGAAAGCUAACAGUGGACACGCUGUGAGCGGCAAGCCGACGGAAAAUCAGGCUGCCAAGUCGGGCCCGACAAACAGCGAUGGCGAGCUUACCAAGAAAAUCAUCGAGAGUCUCUGCAAGGCCAUCAUUGAUGUGGAGCCGACGCUGACCAAGUAUGACACUGUGGUUGGCGAUGGCGAUGCCGGUGAGACUUUGCGCCACUGUGCCGAAGCUGUGCUCCAGUAUCUGAAAGAAAAUAAGAUCCCUCUGGACCGUGCCACUUCGACUGUCUUGGGUAUCACCGAAGCGCAAGAGUCGAGUAUGGGUGGCACUUCGGGUGCCUUGUACGCCAUUUAUCUGACGGGUCUUGUGCAGGGUCUCCUUAAGAGCACUCAGAACAACGGCGAGGCGGCUACUGUGAAACACUGGGCUUCCGCUGCUAACCACGCCUUCCAGAGCCUAGGCAAGUACACGCCAGCUCGCCCUGGUGACCGUACGCUGGUCGAUGCCCUUGAACCAUUCUGCCGCACGCUCGCGAGUGAAGCCGAGAGUGGCAAGAGUGCCAAGGAGGCACUUAAGGCUGCUGUCGAUGCUUCGAAGGAGGGCGCCGAAAAGACGCGUGAUAUGACUGCCCGCCUUGGCCGCGCCACUUACAUCGGUGAGACGUCCGAGAAGGUGCCGGACCCUGGUGCAUGGGGUAUUUGGGCCCUUGUUGAGGGUAUCUACAAGGUUCUGUAG